CCUGUCACAUAAUGAUAAUACUUUUCAUAAUACUUUCAAUUUAACAAAAAAAUGAAUUUUCUUUCGGGUUCUCUUUUAUCAAAAUAUGGACGCGUGAAAUAUUGGAUGUCUGUAUGCUGCCUAGAUCGGAUCUCAGCAUCAAACAUGUUUAGUAAUAAAUACAAUAAAAAUCAAAGGUUGUGCAAUUUAAAAGAGGGUAAUAACCUACCUUGUCUUACAAUAUGCCCAAGAAGUAGUACUGGAAGCCUUACUUUGUACACUCAAGUGAGAUACAAAAACAAAAACCCACCACAUUUGCACCGCGAUCAUGUGUUUCCUAAUUUUGACUUUUAUAGAAAAGAUAAGUAUAAGAAUGUAUCACAAACAACUUGGGGAUCUGGAACUGAAAAGCAAGGAUACACUUAUGCGGUUGGAGCAUUCGGUUGGUUAUGUGGAAUGUAUGGUAUAAAAUCAGAAUUAAUUCAUUUUAUAACCUAUAUGGCAGCAGCAGCUGAUGUACUGGCUUUGGCGUCUAUUGAAGUAGAUAUCUCGAAUAUACCACCAGGACAAUGCGCUUCAUACAAAUGGCGAGGGAAGCCUUUGUUCAUAAAACACAGAACAGCUAAUGAAAUAGAAAUUGAGGGUCGCACUCCGCUAUCUGCCCUUAAAGAUCCACAAACUCCGGAACAACGGACACUUAACCAGGAAUGGCUCGUUGUAAUUGGUAUUUGCACUCAUUUGGGUUGUGUGCCCGUACCAAACUCAGGAGAUUGGGUAGGUGGAUUUUACUGUCCCUGCCACGGGAGCCACUACGAUAAUGUGGGCAGAGUAAGGAAAGGUCCAGCUCCAACUAACUUAGAAGUUCCAACUUAUAAAUUUUUAUCCGACAAUGUUUUACUUGUCGGCUAGGGAAUACAGAUUAAAUUAUUUUAAAUAUCAAUAA